AUGCCCCGUGUCGCCGAUGACAUUCAGAAUAUCACCUACAAAGGCGAGCCCGUCAAGUUCUGCACUGCAAUACAUGCAUCUAAUCCUUCGGACUCAUGCAGCACGACUCUGAGUGUCACUCUCGGCUUGGCUCUCGAGAGUGACAGGCGUCUACAGAACGAUUUGAGGGUUGGCUGCCUGGAAGCCUAUAUCAUCGACAGGACCUACCGUCAUGAAGGCUCUGCGAGCCCUGACUGAAUAUCUCGAUCCCUCGAAUUCCCAAAAGGCUACAAAGUUGACAGUCGAUUGCACGCCUGCGCGACAGAGGAAGAGAAUGGGGUGACCGAGACCAAGAAGUGCCUUCGAAAUGUGUAUAAUGCCAAGGGUGAACCAAGAUUGGACGCCAAAGACCUCGAUUCCGACAUCAUCAACUUUGUGUCGUACUUCGAAAUCUUCUCCGAUUUUCGUGGCGGACAAGGCUUUGCGCAGACGGCCAUGAAGGGCUUCUUCGAAGCGAUGAAGAAGCUACCGGCACACUUUGGCCGAUCCAACCUCUUGAUCCUGUCUCCUGCUCCGAUCGUGUCGGCGACGGAAGAGAAGGGUGGAGACCUCACCAAGAUAAGCAACAAGGAGUGGCAAGACAUUUUGGAGAAGAUCAUCGCAUCGUACGAAAAGUCUGGGUUCAAGCUGUGGAAACGCGGUGCCGUGGAUCGCAAAUGGACCAUCUCUGUUAUGGGUUCGUGCUUCCUGUUGGACAACAGCCGACCGCCUCUGCACUUCAACGACUCCAGGCAUUGGACCGAGCUAUCCGAGCGAAAAAGCUUGAAUCGCCAGUAA